CGCAAUAUGAUUGGAUAUUUUGCGCCAGAGCACGCUGCAGAGCAAAAGUUAUCCUGAAGUAACCAGCAACGAUUCGUCUACGGGGUGAAAGAUGGCGGCUGUGAGGGCAGCGAAUAACCUGUACGGAGUUGGUCUUCGUGCAGUUCGCCAGAAUGCAGCACUGAAUGCAACGAGAAUUCUCCAGCAAAGGGCGUUUCGUGUCAAUGGUGCUUUACGACAGCAGCCUUUCGACUCGGCAGCAGAGAAGCCACAGUUUCCCGGUGCGUCAGCGGAAUUCGUGGAUCAUCUGGAGUUCAUCCAGCCUAACGUGAUCUCCGGGAUCCCCAUUUACAGAGUGAUGGACAGACAAGGCCAAAUCAUCAACCCCGCUGAAGACCCCCAGCUUCCUAAAGAGACGGUAUUGAAUUUCUACCAGAAGAUGACGCUAUUAAACACCAUGGAUCGGAUUUUGUACGAGUCACAGAGACAGGGUCGAAUUUCAUUCUAUAUGACGAAUUACGGUGAGGAGGGCACACACAUAGGCAGCGCAGCCGCUCUGGAUCCCAGUGACCUGGUCUUCGGCCAGUACCGCGAGGCAGGUGUGCUGAUGUACCGUGGUUUCCCUCUGGACCUGUUCAUGGCACAGUGCUAUGCCAACGCUGAUGACCUGGGCAAGGGCCGACAGAUGCCUGUCCACUACGGCAGCCGAGAGCUUAACUUUGUCACCAUCUCCUCUCCUCUGGCCACCCAGAUCCCUCAGGCUGCGGGGGCAGCCUACGCCAUAAAGAGAGAGAAUGCCAACCGCGCUGUGAUCUGUUACUUUGGCGAGGGUGCUGCCAGCGAAGGCGACGCACAUGCAGGCUUCAACUUCUCUGCAACCCUGGAAUGCCCGCUGAUAUUCUUCUGUCGCAACAAUGGCUACGCCAUCUCAACUCCCACCAAUGAACAGUACAGGGGAGAUGGCAUUGCUGCCCGAGGCCCUGGUUAUGGUAUGAUGUCAAUCCGUGUGGAUGGAAAUGACGUGUUUGCAGUGUACAACGCCACCAAGGAGGCCCGGCGCAGAGCCGUGGCAGAGAAUCAGCCCUUCCUCAUUGAAGCUAUGACCUACAGGAUUGGUCAUCACAGCACGAGUGAUGACAGCUCAGCCUAUCGCUCCGUGGAUGAGGUGAACUACUGGGACAAACAGGACCACCCCAUAUCCAGACUGCGCCACUACAUGACGGCCCGCAGCUGGUGGGGCGAGGAUGAGGAGCGUGCCUGGAGGAAGCAGUCCCGCAAGCUGGUGAUGGAGGCCUUCGAGAAGGCAGAGAGACGCCUGAAGCCCAGUCCAGACCAGCUGUUCUCAGACGUCUACCAGGAGAUGACCCCUAACCUGGCCAAGCAAAAAGAGAACCUGUGGAGACACAUCCAGCAGUACAAGGAGCACUACCCUCUCGACAUCUACGAGAAAUAAACACUCUCAUUUCCCCAGGGGAAGGAGGGAGUUGGCUGCCCAAUCACAAACCAGCUCUUAGCCCCUUGCCACUGAGCUCUCGUGCAGAUCCCAAGAGAUUGGCUGGAUGUAGACCAUGUGAUAGUAACUCAACAUUAGCCUCUGCUUUGCUUAAAGGCACAUCUCUCAAAUUAUUGAAAUGUAUCCAGUCACUGCGCCAGAAGUCCUACAGGAAGAACAUCUUUGAAAGGAGCCAGAGGAUGAUUUGAGAUUGGGCUGGGAAGAGAAAGGAGUUGGGAGGGGGGGCAUUCAUCUGGAAGGGAUGGUUGUGCACAAGUGAAGUCCUAUGCAUCGACUUAUCAGUUUUAGAGAUCAUACAUACAAAUCUUAUUAAAUCAUAGCUGAUGAGGGAAGUUCUUUGGCUGUUUUUUUUGUUGUUGUUGUUGUUUUGUUAAAUAACGUUUGCCACCAGAGGCCUCCCUGCCCCAGUCUUGUGCCUUGAAAUACUGAGUGGAUUGCAAGUUUGUGGAGAGAUAUUGCACAAAAAGACUUCAAUGUUGUUAAUGUCACCACAACUGUAGCUAACAAGCUAAGUAUCCAAUUAGCACACGCUUAUGUAUUAAGUCGGUUAUUUCUCACACUGGUUGCUAUUUCAGUGUUUAUCUGCACAAAAAUCUCCUGAGACUUAUUUAGAAAAUCACUUCCUUCUGCGGUUGGCUGUGCUUCUACAAACUGUUUCUUGCUGAAAUAUGCUAUCUAUUAAGGGCACUUAAUGUCUUCAUAUUUUAGGUGACAUGAUGUCAAACAGAAAGAGACAUUCUGUUACAGUAAUAUCUCAAAAGUGUUAAGUAAACACAGCAGUUACUUUCCAGAUGGAUUUAUUAGUUUGUUUUUGUUGAGGUUUUUUGUUUUGUUUCAUUUUUUUUUCUUCAACUUGUUUGGUCUGUCAGAAACAGAUAGCUGUACAAGUGAUCUAGUUUAUGGUUGGGGUGUGUUUUCUUUAACCAUGGUUUUUGCUUUUGUUGUCGGAUUUAAAAAAUUCCUUUAGUGUAAAAUCCUUUCAUUUUUUGAUCCAGAUAUCUGGGAACAAAAUAGUUCUUGUGUGGGUUUAGAUCCAUAGUAAACACACGGUUUCUGACUCAACUGUUGUCACAGUAGCUCGAGCAUUGGGAAAAAUCCAUGUGGUUAUCACGCAAUAAAAAUAACUUUGGAAACAA